CAUUCGCUCGUCAACCGCGGUCGAGAUAACGUGUCUGCGCCACUCAAACAUACGCUCGCGAUAAGUGAAAAUUAUUCUCACAAACAAGCAACAAAUGGCCAACAGUGAAACGUAAACAAGUGAUACAGUGAAGUUUAAUACUUUCUGAGUUUCCCUCGAGAAACGACCGAACUGCUUGUGGAAGUUUGUGAAGUGCAAGUCGGCCGCUUGAAACCUGGCCCCGACAUGGAGAGUUGCUACUUCGAUAUCUCCAACGACCUAAAGGAUGUCUGGGACGCGGACAUCGACCCGGAAAUGCAAGACGUUUUAGACGAAGACAGCGAGAUGGGUGAUUGGCUGAUCAGAGACAGGGACUCCAAAUUGGGCGUGGUACUGCACGACAGACUGAUGUCAGAGGCCCUGGGCGGCGCGCCCAUCAAGACAGAACACAGCUACAGCCUACACUCAGACGUCGAAUCAGAGCCACCCUCACCUAAUCACACCAAAGUUGAUGACAUGGAAGAUGAAUGCUACCCCGCUAUUCCAGCCAGUGCAUGGCGAAGCAGGCGGCGCUCCAGCGGUUCCCCUCUACCAGAAGUGAAGGCUGAGCCCAAGUCAGAACCAGAGUCACCUGCCUCCAGCUGUCCACCUUCACCAAUUCCUGGCACGCCGGUCACACAUGUCGAUUAUGUCAUUGAUCACACGACGGGGACAAUCCACAUGCCACAGGCCGUGCUACAGAAAGUUGGUGCAGCGGGAGUGCCACAGUUACUGCUAAGCACCGCGCCGCGCAUCGCUAACUCUCUAAAUAAUAAUAAACUUUCCAUCAAAGUCACAUCCUCUGGGUCUUCAGCGGGCUUCAAUCUCCCACCAACGCCGCCAUCAUCCCUGUCGUCAUCAGACAGUGAAGGUGCGUUGUCGCCUGCCCACGACACCUCACCGCCAACUGCGCCGGCCCCGCCAUCUCGUAGGACCCAUCUCUACGUGUCUCACCACUCUCGGCAACCUAUUAAUACGCCUCUUAUAAGUAGCCAACCGAAAGGUUCAACGGGCACUCUUAUGCUAACAGAGGAAGAAAAGCGCACAUUGCUAGCGGAAGGUUACCCUGUACCCACGCGCCUACCCCUAACCAAGGCUGAGGAAAAAUCUCUAAAGAAAAUUAGGAGGAAAAUUAAAAAUAAGAUAUCUGCACAAGAAAGCAGACGUAAAAAGAAAGAAUACAUGGACCAAUUAGAAAGGAAAGUGGAGAUACUAUUAUCAGAGAAUACGGACUAUAGGAAGAAAGUAGACAACUUAGAGCAGAAGAAUGCAAGUCUAAUGAGUCAACUGGCCGCUCUUCAGGCUCUGGUGAACCGAGGGGGUAGGAAGUGACGUCACAAAUAGCCGCUGACGUCAUACAGGACUAAUUCACCGUCUGUACCACUUCAAUACAAAAUUUAUCGAUUGACGUUCCGUCAUUGAUUUAUUAAUGGCAAAAUUAAAUUGUGAAUAUAAACUUAGGUUAGAUGAAUCUUUUCUUUCGAAAAUUAAUUUUUGCAACUUCUUUUCAGUCUUAUCAAAGUUUUAUUUUCCUUCACAACUUUACCAACGUUUAUAAUCAUAAAGCAGUAUUAUUGCCAGUUCUAAUGUGGUCACUUAACCAGACAAUUUGGCUGUGAGAAGGCUAGGUUUAACAUUCUCACAGUUCGCUUUUGUAUAAAUAGUAUAUGACAACGACACUGUCCCCUUACUAAUAUUUAAGGAUGUAUAUUUUGGAUGUAAUUUACAUUUUAUCGAACGUUAUUUAGGUAUCCAAAUGACUGUUAGAGUUUGAAUGGUUGCUCACUAUGUUAGUAAUAGGUAUUUUGUGGUGCUGACCAGGCCUGAAGCUCGUAUUUAAGUCAGCGCCAUCUAUCGAAUUGGCGGUGAAACAGGGAUACAUUGGGCUCUAGAUGAAUGUUAUACGUGUGCUGUUUGAAAUCUCGUAAAAUAGAAAAACCGCUAACUAUAUUAAGCCUAUUUCAAUGUGCAGUUAUGGAUUAAUUGUAACUCGAUAUUUGCUGUUAAAUAAAUGCCUAAAAUAUAUUCUUAAUAUUUCUUAGAAAAAUAUUUAUAUUGUGUAUUUGAAUAAACAAAAUAAUUUUAUCCAAAUAAAUUUUAUAAGCGUUACCAAGUGUUUUUAAUGUAAGUUUACGAAUUUCUUAUUUCGUUGAAUGUUAUGGUACUACUUAUUAGUAAUAUCGCGGUGAAAUAGAUUUUAUCGGACAUGUUAUUAGCAUAAUAGGUAAGGUCACCUUACCGUGUACCACUGAAUUCCAUGAAUUUGCAUUUAUAGAGAAAAGUGUAUCGUCCUAGAGAUUUAACGCAUAUUUAAGAUUAGUUAUAAAUGGACAUAUUUGAAGACGGAUUGUUAAACAUAUUUUCGGUUGUCUAGUCUAUCGUAGAAACAGUAGAUUUUUGGAGCCUUUAUUUCCUUGCUCUACGGUUUGUAUUCCAGAACGUGGAAUGGAUGGAACACGCAUUGGGAUAUGCGCCUGUGUAUCGAUAAGUACAAAACGGCAUGCCUUCAACGAAAAUUACGUUACUUAAAACUAUUAUGUAUGUAAAAAUGGUGCCUAUGUAAACAAAACAGUUUAAUUUCGCAUUUUUUGCCUAUCCCCGUCUAUAUCCAAUCCCUCUGACCAAACGUCGUCUAUGUUUCCCACUGUUAAAUCUAAUUAAAAUAUAUACAUACUUUUAUGUUUUUGAAAAACUGUCAACUGUAAAGUAAUCACAAAAUAAACUUAACUAUUAAUUUUUGUUAAGUCUGAUAGGUGCAAAAAAUGCGAUUUAGAUAUGGUACAACCAUUUUCUAAUUUAAUAAAUAUGUAUGAGUAUAUUUCCACUUGCUUUAAAUAAGCAACUUAAAUGGAAUCUCGCUGUUUUCGUUACGGCCUUGCCAACCUUUAAUUGAACAAGCAUUCAGACUUGACAGUGCAGUUAAAAUGCAUGAACUUUCCCUUUAUAAUCUGUGACUUAAAGUGAGCUCUAGUACUUAUUAUUAUCUCCGUACAAAAAGAUUUUAGUAUAAACGUAUCAUGUAAUACGAUGCAUAAUCUUUAUUUAUAUAAUUAAACUAUCUCAAUUGAUUGGCAUAUUCAUUUAGUACGACAAUUUGUGCAAUUCUUUUUUACAUUAGAUGUUCUUCCUAUUUAGUAUAUAAGAAAUAUUCUAUUUAUACUGCGCUAAUGUUAUAUUGUACAUAUAUCCCAACGAGGAUAAAUAAAAGAAUUUAUUGAAAUAUAUUUUAAGAGAUUUUUUCUAAUUAUAUGUAUAUAUACUGUUUACGUGUCUGUCGCUAUACAUGUUAGAUAUAUGCAUUACAUAUGUGGAACAGUGUGUGUGCCUGCAAAGUUGUCUACAAAUAAGCGGAUAGCAAAAGAGAGGUAUCCUCUGUGGAGCUUAGUAUUUAAAUUUUAGGUAAAUAUUUAAUUCCUAACAUGGCAUUUACCGUCUACAGCAGAGUGAUUUGAAAGAUUUAUAUGAAUUUAUGAAAGUAGUUGGUAAUUCGCAGUGUCAAGUUUAUAUUUCGAUGAAAUGCAAAACAAGCUCACCUCUCGCGCGACAUAUUGGUCCAUUUAAUCCUUGAAUAGCAAGACUAGAAUUAUCGCAUUGUCGUAUCGUUUUACAUUUGAUGUGUAAUUAUGAUUAUAGUUUUAUUUGUUAAAACUAUUCUGUUACCUUGAGUCAUGAUUUGUUAAAUCGUUUGUUUUAUUAUGAUUGUAUUAUUUUUCAAACAUUACGGAUACUGUCACUUUUGAGCUAAUAAAGAUCGGAUAUUGUAA